AUGCCCUCGACGGGCUGCUUUGUAAUUAUGGCCAUUCACUUCAUUUUGAUUCAGAAUCGCCAGGGGAAGACCAGGUUGUCGAAAUGGUAUGACCCGUUUCCUGAUUCUGAGCGCCGCAAAAUCAAAGGUGAGGUGCAUCGCCUGGUCGGCAGCCGCGAUUACCGGUUCCAGAGUAACUUCGUGGACUACCGUGAAUAUAGACUAGUGUAUCGCCGAUACGCCGGUUUGUUUUUUUGUAUGUGCGUAGACACCCAGGACAAUGAAUUGUUUUACCUGGAAGCUAUUCACAUGUUUGUUGAGAUUCUGGACACGUUCUUUGGCAACGUCUGUGAGCUCGACAUCGUGUUCAACUUUGUCAAAGUGUACACUGCGUUAGAUGAGGUAUUUUUGGAUGGCGAGCUCGAGGAGACUUCUAAAAAGAAGGUCCUGGGUCGUCUUGAAGAAUUCGAACGAGCACAGUGA